CUCGACAGGAAAUAUGUGAAUCCUUCGACUACUUCCGUAGUUACCAGGGUGGAGUUUAUUUCAACAAGGACAGGGUAAAAGGUUAUCUCCUUAGUGCAUUUUCGGCAAAUCGUGAUAUAUUUCACCAUGGCGGAAAAUUCAUUAUAUCUCAUGGGGGCGGGAAAGCAGAAAGUGUCCUGUCACGUGAAGGGGGCCCGCAGACUCAGCUUGCUGAUGAUCAAGAUUCAACUGACAAAUCUGUGCGCGCAUUGUUGAAUACUUUCGCGAGUAAGAAUCCUCUGGUCUUGCUCGUGGAUGAUAAAUAUGCUUUGUUCCCAUACGAUCUUGCCUCCUCGCGAUAUACUUACGUAGUACUUGGUCAUUUCUGGAUCUCACAUGCAUGGGCUGAGUAUCAACCGGCCUCCAAUACUCGAGGACGAGUCGUCCGUUAUAAAUUCGCGUUUCAGUGGUGUGAAGAGCAAGGCCCACCCUGGUGGAUCCCCAAAACUGACGAGGACAACUGCACCCCACCUACGAAUACAAGACAUCUCGAAAAUGCAAGCUCGUCUCAAAUCAAAUGCGUCAGUUGCAUGAAGAGUAGUCCUUUUAUCUACAAACAAGGUUGGAUGUGCCUGAAUCCUCGCUGCAAUAAUUUCUGGCUGCUGUCAAAGGGAACAUGCCCCCCAUUGCAACUUGAUUACGACCAAAGUUUUCUCCAACUAUUACCAGCAGAACUCGAGAGACGACCAUUGCCAGACCUACGGCCAUGUCGAAAACUAAACCUGACGGAUGGCAUAACUACAACUCACCCGUAUACCAAAGGCUGGCAUUGCCAAUCUUGCGGACGUUUAUCAAGCAGAUUCAAAUGGGAGCAAUGGGAAUGCUCGCACUGUGGAGCUUAUCAAACAGUCAAAGGACGCCUCCGCCUUCCAAAUGAAUUCUGGGGCUUCUACCCCAAAAACAUGCAUGACUCUCUAAUUGGAAAAAAAUCAGGUAUCCAACCUUGCUCAGC